AUGGCUUGGAGCCGUGCUAUUACAUAUGCGGCCUUGAGCAGUCUUUUAUUUCGACCCGCAAAUGCCGAACGCGUCUGGCCAGACCCAAAAGUCGAUGAACUUGAGAAGCUUCUAUAUGAGCAAGAGAAUCCUUUCGAUGGCCCCGGUGGUCUCGCAUCCUUUGUUGACGGAUGCAGUGGCCCAGCUGAGCGCGCUCUUGGUAUAGGCCGCAGCUUUGGUGCAGAAUGGAUUCGAAAUGCCUAUCACGACAUGUCAACAGCGGAUGUCGUUGCUGGAACUGGUGGGCUGGAUGCCUCGAUCGUCUUUGAGAUGGAUCGCCCGGAAAACAUUGGUGACGCGUUCCAAGAGACACUCAACAUCUUCAAGGGCAAUUACAACAAAAGAGUGUCGAUGUCUGAUUUAUUUGCGUUGGCCACGGUGAUGGCAGUUGGUGGGUGUUCUGAUGGGAAAGUCAUUGUUCCAUUGAAGGGAGGCCGGGUGGACGCAGCUGGCCCGGGUCCGUCUGGUGUCCCAGAACCUCAACAAGAUCUUCCGACACAUAGUGCAAGUUUUGCGAAACAAGGUUUCGACACUUCUGAGAUGAUUGCCCUUGUCGCUUGCGGGCAUACGGUCGGAGGUGUUCAUGGCGUCGACUUCCCAGAAAUUGUCCCAAACCCUACUCCAACGGAUGGUUCAAAGAACGAUAACACCGUUACCUUUGAUUCAACAACAGACUAUUUCGACAACGUUGUUGCCAAAGAAUUCAUAGCCAACGUCUCUCAGAACCCGCUUGCAUUUGGCCAAAACGAAACAACGCGGUCGGACUUUCGUAUCUUCAACGCAGACGGCGGCAAUAUGAUCUCCCAAAUGGCAACGUCAAAUGACUUUUUCCUUGAUACAUGCAACACCAUGUUCGAGAGCAUGAUAAACACGGUGCCAGGCAAUGUCAAAUUGACAGACAUCAAUCCUCUCGAUGUCAAGCCAAGAAAAUUGACUGUUACUGUUAACGACGAUGAAACACUAUCAGUAACUGGAGUGAUUCGGGUUGUCGAUAACCUCAUCAAUGGCAACGGAACUCGGAUAAUUGUACACUUGUCGUCCCGUUCUGGUGACCCAUUGCCGGGAGUAGAGGCAACCACAUCUAGAGGGCAAACGGGAGGCUGUUCAUACCCGAAUUGCGGUCCAAGUUUCACAUAUUACACCUUUGACUCGAAAAUUCCAUCUGAGCACGGCAUAUCAUCCUUUACUGUCGAAAUCGUAGACAGUCAGGCCGGCACAAACUCCAUCCACGGCAAUGGUGGCGCCGGCUUUCCUCUACCCGACGAUGUCUUGCCAAUGUUUUCCCUCUCAAGUCAAGGUGCAAUGACUAUCGAUGGUAUUAGCCAGAUGCAGCUUAACCUGACUGCAGCAGUUCUCAAUGCGGAGAGAUUCACAAACGUCUCUCUGGUAGUUCCUCAGCCCUCCAACAAAAGCGCCCCAAUCAGCCCAUGGACGCAAGAAGAAGUCCCCAUGCAGCCUUUGAGUAAGGUUGACGGGACCAACUACACGCUUUAUACGGGCAUAUGGCAGAGCAGUGGCCCGACUUCAGCGGCCUCUACACAUCCAUUCGAUAUCGUUGCCAUGGGGCCACAUGGAACAGUCUCAAGCCUAUUCAACUCUUGGGACGACAUUCCCAGGCAUUAA